CAUGAUUUCAAUCUCUUUUUCCGAUUUUUAAUCAUUUUUUCGAAAAAAAACCCCCACUAAUCAGUUUAGUAUGGCUAAUAAUCCUAAAGACUUAAUGGACUCUAUUAAAGAUCUUCUAGACAGUGGAGAAUUUUUUAAUCUGACCAUAUUAACGGAAGAUGGCGGGUCUUUUAAGGCUUGCCUGGAAAUCAUUGUCCUUUACAGCUCUUACUUCAUGCAAAUUCCUGAACUGAAUGAUAAUCCACCACCAUGGGAAAUACUCGUACCUGGAGUAUCGAAAGAAAUUAUGGCGACCAUUAUUGAUUUUGUGAACACCAAUGAACUGAAGUUGCGCCACAAUAAAAUAAAAGAAGUAAUGAUGGCUGCCGAACUAUUGAAUAUACCAUAUAUAACCAAGUUAUGUAAGAAUUUUUUGGUGACUAAAAUAUCAACAGAGAACUGCAUCAGCGUAUAUAAAUUUGCUAAUCUUUACAGCUACGAUGAUCUUGAAGAAAUUGCCAAGCAGUUUAUUUUUAAAAAUUUUGAAAAGAUCUAUACAACAAAUCCUCAGUUUCUGAUUUUGCCAGUGAAUGAUUUAAUUCUUUUCCUUUCCUCCGAUGCUCUGAAUGUUAAAAAGGAAGAGACUGUGUUUGGGGCAAUUUUAAAAUGGAUAGAGGUUGACGUACAGAAAAGGCUACUGGAUCUUCCCAGUUUGCUACGUUUUGGCCUGCGUGUUGGUUUAUGCGAUCGUCAAUUUUUUAAUGAACAAAUCAUGUCGAAUAAUUUGAUGUUAGACAAUGAAGACUCUCAGCAUUUUAUUUUCCAAGUAUCUCAAAUGUUUGAAGAACUCCAGGGAGAAAAUGGAGAUGGUAUCAGAUUGGAUAGAUUCAAUAUUCAUCACCCGUUCCUCAGACCACGAGUACCCAAUGAGCUGAUAUUUGUUAUGGGAGGCUGGAGCGCUGGUUCAGCCACCACAAUAAUGGAAACUUUUGAUCAUUUCAUUUUCCAAGUAUCUCAAAUGUUUGAAGAACUCCAGGGAGAAAAUGGAGAUGGCAUCAGAUUGGAUAGAUUCAAUAUUCAUCACCCGUUUCUCAGACCAAGAGUGCCCAAUGAGCUGAUAUUUGUUAUGGGAGGCUGGAGCGCUGGUUCAGCCACCACAAUUAUGGAAACUUUUGAUGUCAGGACAGAACGCUGGUUUCUUUCAAUGCACUCGGAUAGCGUACCCAGAGCCUACCAUGGAAUGCUUUGGCACCAGAAGCGCAUCUAUGUUAUUGGAGGUUUUGAUGGCAAUCAAUGUUUCAACAGUGUUCGUCGCUUCGACCCGGUUUUACACGUGUGGGAAGAGUGUGGAAACAUGCAUGUUCAGAGAUGUUAUGUGAGCGUGGCUGCCAUUGGGGACUAUAUUUAUGCCAUGGGUGGAUAUGACGGUCACCGACGAAGUAAAACAUGUGAAAGAUUCUAUCCAGACACAAAUCAAUGGUCAAUGAUAGCUCAAAUGCACAAUAUUAGGAGUGAUGCAAGUGCUGAUUCUCUUGAUGGUAAAAUUUAUAUUGUUGGUGGUUUUAAUGGAAUACAGGUUUUGCAGAGCGCAGAGUGCUAUGAUUCAGAAACAAAUGAGUGGACUGAAAUUAGGAAUCUGAAUUCUCCUCGAAGUGGAGUCAAAAUAACUGUUUUUCAAAGGUACUUGUACGCUAUGGGUGGAUUCAAUGGUAACCAAAGAUUAGAUACAGUUGAAAGAUAUGAUAAGGUGUCAAAUACUUGGACUUAUGUGGCUCCAAUGCUUGGUCCCAGAAGCAAUUUUGCUGUUACAGUUCUAGAAGGUUUGAUAUAUGUAAUUGGAGGAUUCAAUGGAUUGGCAACAAUAACGACAGUAGAAACAUAUGAUCCCCGUACAAACAGUUGGAAACAUACAACAGAUCUGAACCUCAACAGGAGUGCUUUAUCUGCUUGCAAGGUAUCUGACAUAUCGACAGCUAGCGAAUACUGUUAUGUCGGAGCUCAUUCCUUAAGGACAUAGAGUAUCAACUUAACUACAGAUAUCACAAGCUCACAGCAAUCUCACUUUCUUUUAUCAAUUGCAGUACAGAUAUUACAAGCUCAUUUAAAUUUUUAGUAUUAUUCAGCCAUCUACCCCAAACUGUUCAGUGAAGAUUUGAAAGAAAGAAUAAUAAUAAAUGCGU